AUGCCUUCAAAACUUACCUGUAUAUUGUACCUCGAACCAGCACACUCUUCCCAAUUUUAUCAAAGUAUUUUGAAAUUUUACGAUCAAUCUUUGAAAUUAUUCGGUCCAAAUAAUGCUCAUCAAUAUGAUCCACACAUUUCUAUGACCGGGUUUUUUACUUUAUAUGAUAAUCAAAAAAUUAUUAAUGAUAAUAUCAAUGCAAAUCAUGAUCAAAAAGAAUGCAUAUCUGCUUAUGAGCAACUUGAUCAAAUAAUUCAAUUUAUAGAUAAUUUUCUUCAUAACCAUAAGAUCACUUAUCCACUCGUCAAAGAUAUCCUUUAUUUGAAGCCUACAUCUCUUUUAAUUCCUUUACAAGUAUGUCAGGCAAUGCUUGAUCUUGUUAAUCAACUUUCUUGCUUAUCUUUUGAAGAAUCAAACUCAAAUAUAACAACCAGUGAUAAUGGCAUUAAAACUAUCAUUCGUCCAAAAGCAAUAGAUCAUCUUUCUUUGGCUUAUUCUAGGAAUGGUUUUGUAUCAAAUAAUAAGAUGAUGAAGUUAAAACGUUUGGCGAAUAAAAUUAUUGCAUUUGAUGAGGCGAAACAACAAAAGUGUGGUUGGGAUAUUGUGAUUUAUGAAGAACUUGAACAUAGCACUAAGUUAGAAGAUAAACAUGUUUUUAAAGAAGUUAAAAGGUGGAAUAUAUUUUAA